UUGGUAUAACAGCCUGCACUAUUGGGUGGUGUCCAGUAGGUGCCAGUAUAAUCCACGCAAGCAUAUGGGGAUCGCUGGAAGGGAAGAAUGACUUGGAAACUCAGGAAACAAGAAAAAAAUACUUUCAGUUUGUUCGCUUCCUUUUAGCUUCACAUUUGAUAGCACAAGCUAGGAGAAUCUCCACAAAUUAUUUAAUUUUCCUUUGUAUUUUUUUUUAUCUAAUCCGCAUACACAUUUGAAGAUAGAAUUAGCCUGUUUGAUGCACGUUUUUGUUUAGAGGAGAAAGUGUUUAAAAAUAAAUAAAAAUCUGUAAUUCUGUUUAGUGUAGUUUUUCACAAUCUCCAGGGUUUGGGGAUUCAAGAAGGUGUGAUUGCAAAAUCGACCAAUAGAACAGGCGCUGCUGAGGAGUGUUCCUCAUCGCUUCACCUCGGGGUCUCUUUCCAAGAAAGCUGGCGUUUAUCUACACUUUAUAGCUCAUAAAGCUGGGAACUUUAACUGUGGCUGUUUGAGAAAGCGGAAGUGUGGAGGAAGAAAAGGAGAAAACCCUUUUCCAGGAGUUAAUCUGACGCGCUGAGGCAGCUAUGGCUGGAAAUGUGGAUGCCAAAAUAGUGAUAGUAGGCUGUGGGAUAGCGGGGAUAGCAGCGGCUCACCGGCUCAUUAAGUCUGGGUUCACUAAUGUCCGGAUACUGGAAGCGACCGGAAGAAGCGGAGGACGAAUCAGAACAGGGAAACUUGGUAAUACCAUUAUUGAAAUUGGUGCAGCUUUCAUCCACGGUCCAUCUGAAGAGAACCCAGUGUUUUGUCUGGCACGCGACUAUAACCUCCUGGAUCCUGAAGCCCUCAAGCCAGAGAAUCAAGCCGUGGAUGUCGGCGAAUAUCCUCCUCUGGUCCCCAACUGGUUCACAAGUUCAGGCCAGAAGGUGAGCCCUGAAAGCAUGAAUCCUGCACUGGAGCUCUUCCAUGAGCUUGUGGAAAAUACUCCACAAGCAAAGACUCACAAGCAAAGGUCCUGGCCAAGUGUUGGAGAUUUCUUGAAGUCUGAGGUACGAAGGCGAACGGCAAAGAAGUGGAAAGAUAAAGAUAAGCGCACUAGGCAGCUGCUGCUGGGCGCCAUCAGCACCAUGCUGAAGGAGGAAUGCUGUUCAAGUGCUACUCACUCAAUGGAGGAGUUGGAUCUAGUUGGGUUUUCUAUGUACCUGAGUAUAAAAGGAGUGGACUGCACAUUCCCAAGUGGCUCAGAGGGCUUAGUCAGCAACUUGAUGUCAGAGCUCCCCGCUGACUUGGUGUCCUACAGUCGGCCUGUGCGCUGUAUUCACUGGAGCAGCAAAGAAAGUGGAAUGAAUGCGGUAACAGUGGAGUGUGGGGAUGGGGAGAGGAUCGCUGCUGAUCAUGUCAUCGUCACUGUGUCUCUGGGAUACCUGAAGAAGCACCAUUCAACUCUAUUCUCACCUCCUCUUCCUGCCCAGAAGCUACAGUCCAUUCAUAAAAUAGGAUUUGGAACGUGCGACAAAAUCCAUGUUGAGUUUGAAUCCCCCUGGUGGGAUGCUGACUGUGAGAUCAUCUACCUGGUGUGGGAUGACGAGGAAGGUAUUUCAGACCAUGUGGCGGAUAUUAGUAAAAACUGGAUCAGGAAGAUCUCAUCGUUCACUGUGGUGAAACCCUCUGAAAGGGGCAGCCACGUUCUCUGCGGCUGGAUUUCUGGGCACGAGGCGGAGCACAUGGAAACACUUCCUGAGCAGGAAGUCAGACGCUCCAUCACAGAGCUCAUUCAUACAUUCACAGGAGACCGUACCAUCACACCAAAGAGAAUCCUGUGUACCAGGUGGUUUCAUGAUCCCUGGACGUUAGGAUCCUACUGUCACCCAGCAAUCGGUUGUUCAGCGCAAGAUCUCAAGAACAUGAUGGAGCCCCUGCCUAAGCGAGGAGAGCAGCAGCCCCUGCAGGUGUUGUUUGCCGGAGAGGCCACUCAUCCUUGCUACUACUCCAGCCUUCAUGGAGCCCUCCUCUCUGGGUGGAGAGAAGCCGACAGACUCAUCUCUCACUACUCUUUGACCAGUCCCCUCCAUUUAGAUCAGAAAAGUUAAAGAUUAAAAAUCUCCUCAGCAUGAAAUUGUGUUUAAUGUCCUUCUAAUCAAGUGACAGCAGAUAAGGAGCUUCUUCAUCUUUUGUUUCUGAGAAGCAGCCGUAAGUUGUUUCUGAGAAGUCCUGGGUCUUCAUAAAUGUAUGCUUUUAUGAAUGGUCCUGUAGAUAGCUAGAAAAUCUGUAACAAGUUGCAAAAACCGCAGUUACAUAAAUAGGAUCAGCAGAGGCAAAGUCCAGAAACAGGCAGUUCAUUAACCAGGAAAUACUUAGCAUAGCAUAACCUGUAACUCAUCUGACAGGGAUUGGAUGAAACGUGCUCAGUGGUUAAAUUUGAAUUCUUUAAUUUUACUGUGAUUUUGUGGAGAGGAAUGUAUGGCAAGAAGAUGGGAAUAACUUGUUCAGCAGACAGUGCUGACAGGAACUUUGAGGAUUGGAAGCUCAGAAAUGUCCAAUAAAUAAACUAUCCUGUAAGAAUCUAUGUCGAAGCAUAACUGUGUCAGUGUUAGU